AAUGGCCUUCGCCGCUCGAGCUGUUCGCAGGAUCCCAGCGCUCACAUCGUCUGGGGGCCGUAUCUUAUUCAGAAAACCUACAGGUCGAGCCGCAAUUGCCUCCGGAGUCAGGCUGCAGACCGGAAUUAUGGCCAGCACCAGCGCGCCAUCCUCAUGGGGCUGGGCAUCUUCUGUUACACCCCAGUCAUCAGCCUCCGAUCCAGCUGAAACCGAGGCCUUACGCUGUCUUGAGCAAGGAACGACGAAGCUCGAAGAAGGCGACGUGCAAGGAGCGAAAGCCCUCUACCAACGCAGUGUGGAGAUCAAACGCAACGCCAGCUCGCUUUUUAAUUUAGGCGUCACCCAUUAUCAUCUCGAGGAAUUUGACGAGGCCAUCUCUGCCUGGAAGGAGUCAAUAGCCUUACAACCCUCUAGUCCCGACACUCACACAGACCUCGCAAGCGCGUACAUCAUUUCGCCAGUGUCGCGACCCGAUCUGGCUUUGCACCAUCUGGGAAUUGCCUCCUCAUUGUCACCGGAAGACCCUGAAAUUGCAUUCAACCACGCUGCAGUUCUCGAAGCCGCUGGAAGGCUUGAGGAAGCCCUCGAAAAGUACAAGCGCAGCAAAGAAUUCGGGGUUGAACGAGCUGCUGUUCACAUUCGUAAGGUCGGAGCCAAAAUUCUGGGGAAGCAGAUGAAAGAGGCACAAAAAUCCAAAAAACCGGAAGAGUA